UCUCUGCCGCCUGAAUAAGCGUUUCAGGAUCUUCGUCAUGAGUCUUAAAUCUGGGCCUGUCAGUUCGCCCCAGCGUUACUCGUCUCUAGGCAGGGCAUGGGGGUUUACAGAGUUCAACCAAUCAUACAACGUCGAGAUCAGGUUGCCAGGCAGAUUAUGCUAAUAAGGCCCCGCCUUUUAUGCUGCUCCCACUCUGCGGCGGGAAGAACCACCUGGAGGUGGCGGGGGGGGUUUGAUUUCCAUCACCCCUAGGGAGAGAGGAUCGGGGACCCGCUGAUCUUCCAGCUCCCCUCACCCAACGUCGUGCACAUUGCAGAGAGGUCUUUCUGUCCUUCAUGAGCACGCACAUGGUGGACAGAUGACUGUCCUCUAGCCGGUGCUGCUCUAGGUGCCCUGGACGUGGAGCUGUCCAGCAGGGGGAACGAUGGAUUCCAAAGAUGAAAGCUCCCACGUGUGGUCUACAUCCGCAGAACACGAAGAGAACGCUGCCCAGGUGCACUUUGUUCCUGACGCUGGGACUGUGGCUCAGAUUGUCUACACCGAUGACCAGGUCCGUCCGCCCCAGCAGGUGGUGUAUGCGGCAGAUGGCGCCUCCUACACAUCCGUGGAUGGUCCUGAGCAUACGCUGGUGUACAUCCAUCCUGUGGAAGCCGCACAGACUCUGUUUACAGACCCAGGGCAGGUAGCUUAUGUCCAGCAGGAUGCUACAACCCAGCAGGCCUCAUUACCGGUGCAUAACCAGGUGUUACCUUCAAUCGAGGGUGUGGAUGGUUCAGACCCUUUGGCGACUCUGCAGAACCCUCUGGGCAGACUGGAGGCCAAAGAGGAAGAGGAUGAGGAUGAGGACGAAGAUACUGAGGAAGAUGAGGAGGAAGAUGGUGAAGACACAGACUUGGAUGACUGGGAGCCGGAUCCCCCUCGGCCCUUCGACCCGCAUGACUUAUGGUGUGAGGAGUGUAAUAAUGCCCAUUCUUCAGUGUGCCCAAAGCAUGGCCCCUUGCAUCCCAUCCCUAACCGGCCUGUGCUCACUAGAGCAAGAGCCAGCCUCCCCCUGGUCCUCUACAUAGACAGGUUCCUCGGAGGGGUGUUCUCCAAAAGGCGCAUUCCCAAGCGUACCCAGUUUGGCCCUGUGGAGGGACCCCUCGUCAGAGAGUCUGAGCUGAAAGACUGUUAUAUUCAUCUGAAGGUUUCUCUUGAUAAAGGGGACAGAAAAGACCGAGAUUUGCAUGAAGACCUGUGGUUUGAGUUGUCUGAUGAGACCCUUUGUAACUGGAUGAUGUUUGUACGUCCAGCCCAGAAUCACCUGGAGCAGAACCUGGUGGCUUACCAAUACGGCCACCAUGUGUAUUACACCACAAUAAAGAACGUAGAGCCCAAACAAGAACUGAAGGUGUGGUACGCUGCGUCCUAUGCUGAGUUUGUGAACCAGAAAAUUCAUGACAUUUCUGAGGAAGAAAGGAAAGUUCUUCGCGAGCAAGAGAAGAAUUGGCCCUGCUAUGAAUGUAACCGCCGAUUUAUAAGCUCGGAGCAGUUACAACAACAUCUCAAUUCCCACGAUGAAAAACUGGAUGUGUUUAGCAGAACAAGAGGCAGAGGAAGGGGACGAGGCAAGAGGCGAUUUGGCCCUGGUCGACGGCCAGGACGCCCUCCAAAAUUUAUCCGCUUGGAAAUAACCAGUGAAAAUGGGGACAAGUGUGACGAUGGGACGCAGGACUUGCUACAUUUUUCCACCAAGGAGCAGUUCGAUGAAGCUGAGCCAGCUACUCUGAAUGGGCUAGAUCAACCAGAACAGACCACUCUCCCCAUCCCUCAGCUGCCACAGGAAACCCAGCCUUCCCUGGAGCACGAGCCAGAAACUCAUAGCCUACAUCUGCAGCCCCAGCAUGAGGAGAGCGUGCUGCCCACCCAGAGCACUCUGACGGCCGAUGACAUGCGCAGAGCCAAGCGUAUCCGAAACGCAGCUCUUCAGCAUCUGUUUAUCCGGAAGUCCUUUCGGCCUUUUAAGUGUUUGCAAUGUGGGAAGGCCUUCCGAGAAAAGGACAAACUGGACCAACACUUGCGCUUCCACGGGCGGGAGGGGACCUGCCCGCUGACCUGUGAUCUCUGUAACAAGGGCUUCAUCAGCACUGCGUCCUUGGAGAGCCACAUGAAGCUCCAUUCGGACCAGAAGACUUAUUCUUGCAUUUUUUGCCCAGAAUCCUUUGACCGCCUUGAUCUGUUGAAGGAUCACGUGGCCAUUCAUAUCAAUGAUGGCUGCUUCACGUGCCCAACUUGUAAGAAACGAUUCCCAGAUUUUAUCCAGGUGAAAAAACACGUGCGAAGCUUCCACUCAGAAAAGAUCUACCAGUGUACAGAGUGCGACAAGGCCUUCUGCCGCCCUGACAAACUGCGCCUCCACAUGCUCCGACAUUCGGACCGCAAAGAUUUCCUGUGUUCGACGUGCGGGAAGCAGUUUAAGCGAAAAGACAAACUACGGGAACAUAUGCAAAGGAUGCACAACCCCGAGAGGGAGGCCAAGAAAGCCGACCGCAUCAGCCGCUCCAAGACGUUCAAGCCUCGUAUCACGUCCACGGACUACGACAGCUUCACGUUCAAGUGUCGCCUGUGCAUGAUGGGCUUCCGAAGACGAGGCAUGCUGGUAAAUCACUUAUCAAAGAGGCACCCAGACAUGAAGAUUGAGGAGGUGCCGGAGUUAACUCUCCCCAUCAUAAAGCCCAACCGCGAUUACUUCUGUCAGUAUUGUGAUAAGGUUUAUAAAAGUGCCAGCAAGCGAAAAGCCCACAUUCUGAAGAACCAUCCAGGGGCUGAGCUCCCGCCAAGCAUUCGCAAACUACGUCCAGCUGGCCCGGGAGAACCAGACCCCAUGCUGAGCACGCACACCCAGCUCACGGGCACCAUAGCCACCCCUCCUGUCUGCUGCCCCCACUGCUCCAAACAGUACAGCAGCAAGACCAAGAUGGUACAGCAUAUUCGAAAGAAGCAUCCAGAGUAUGCCCAGCUCCCUAACACCUUACAUCCCCCACUGACGACAGCUGUGAUCAGUGCUACCCCGGCUGUGUUAACCACAGACAGUGCUACUGGGGAGACCGUGGUGACAACAGACCUCCUAACCCAAGCCAUGACAGAACUGUCCCAGACCUUAACGACAGAUUACCGAACGUCGCAGGGGGACUACCAGAGAAUUCAGUAUAUUCCUGUGUCACAGUCGACAUCCGGUCUUCAGCAGCCUCAGCACAUACAGCUUCAAGUGGUGCAAGUGGCUCCGGCCACUUCCCCACACCAGUCUCAGCAGUCCACUGUGGACGUUGGCCAACUCCACGACCCUCAGACCUACACCCAGCAUGCCAUCCAGGUGCAGCAUAUCCAAGUGACAGAGCCCACUUCCGCCACCCCCACAUCAUCCCAGGUAGCUGGGCAGCCCUUGAGCCCUGCCUCCCAGCAGUCCCAGCAAGGGCUCAGCCCCUCCCAUAUACAGGGCGGAGCCUCCACGCCAGGCCAGGCUCUCCAGCAGCAGCAGCAGGGUUCCUCUGUACAGCACACCUACCUACCGAACGCUUGGAAUUCCUUCCGUGGCUACUCAUCGGAGAUUCAAAUGAUGACACUUCCCCCAGGUCAGUUUGUGAUUACAGACAGUGGUGUGGCCACUCCUGUCACCACUGGCCAAGUUAAGGCCGUUACGCCGGGUCAUUAUGUGUUAUCAGAAAGUCAACCAGAAUUGGAAGAAAAGCAAGGUUCCGCUCUCUCCGCGGGAGUCCAGGUUCAGCCAGCUACACACAGUGACUUGGACCCCCAGACCACCAGCCAACAGCAGCCCACACAGUACAUCAUCACAACCACCACCAACGGGAAUGGGAGCAGCGAAGUGCAUAUCACCAAACCUUAACUUCUACCCUUGAGCUUGAAUCCAGCAGUCACAUCAUGUCUUUUCUCAUCCAUAAGUCUGAAAGCUUCCAACACUUGGAACUCUUUUUUUAAGAUUUAUCAUUCACUCAAGAAUUUGGAAACCACGGUUUUGACACUCUACGCACACUGGGGCUCCUUUUAUCAAGGUCAUCUUUACCAAAUUGACUCUUCAAACCCUAGGAGCUCCUGCCAUGGAAUGGAGAUCUUUCAGGGGAAAGUGCGUUUCAAGGUGGAGAAACUUCGCCUUACUCUUGAGUUGGUUUUUUAUACAUUGAUAGGCCUUACUUUUCCUUUGUGGAAAUACUAGGUGGUGUAUCACGUUUGUACCAAAGGUGGAGAAAGGAUGUGCCAAGUCCAUGGCCACUGGACUUCUUCAUUCCAAGCCACGGUACUGAAGGAGAGGGGCAUUUUAUUCGGACAGAACUGUUUCAUCUUCUGAUUUUGCAUUUUCAGUAAUUUAACAAGGGGAGCCUAUUGAAUACGAAAAUAAAGAUGAUGAAACAGAGGUUUGACAGUGAUGUUCUGAAGGAAAAACCGUCGUCUAGAUUUUUCUUAUUGCUGAUUUAAAACAACCACAACAACAACUUGCCUCUUUGGGAAAACUGUUGUCGGGCUACUAUUGGUAGUACUUUGCACAGAUGCUGGCCUUCAGCCACUGAGGCCAAAACCUCGUGUUCUGAUAGAUCUUACUUUAUUACCCCACAACGGUAGACUCCCUGUAAGAGAAGAGGUUUGUUUGAUGUCAGCAGAAUUUAAACUCCUACAUUAAAGCUUUGCCUCCCAUUCUCUGGUUGUGGUGUAUUAAGAAGGAGGUGUUUGAGGUCUUGGUACCCAGAAAAAUUACUAAGAUAAUUACAUAGCGAUAAAGUGAAAAGCACUGAAACCUUGUCCUGCCUUGCAGGAUCCAUUUACCAUUCAUUGGUACAGGAUAAAUUCCUUGUUCUUAUCAGGUGUACAUUUGACUAUCACAUCUUCAGUGUAUUUUAGUUCUUCUCAUGCUGUCUUAAAAUGAACAUUCUUUCAGGUUGGAUGGAAAGGUGGCCCUCCUUAUUUUUUUAACACUUUUAACUUAUACAUAUUGUAACUCACCUGGACCUUUUGGAAAGAUGACCAACUUAGAAUAAGAAUGUGGGGACCAUUUAUAUGUCAAGGUAAUUAUAAGGGAUGUGGAAGAAAUCCAGUCUUUAUGCAUCUUAUACUGUCAUUUGGGAGGAAAAAAAAUCUGCCUCAGCAAUAGUUUUUCUUAAAUGUGUUCCUGUUUGCUGUCUUCUUGGCUAUGAAUUCAAUGGGGAAAAAAUAUUUCCCUCUUUACUGUGCAUUCCAAUUGUAUACAUAAAACAUUGCAGAAAUCAGUUUGUAUUUUAACAACUUUUUGUGACAUUACUAACACAUUUUUAGAGUAAUUAUCAUGUGAUGGAACUUAUUACUCCCAAACAGAAAGACCUAAGUUCAAUUUCAAAUGAAGUUAACUAAUCUAUUUUUUUACAUAUCUGGGUAAAAACUGGUUCUAUAAACUAAAAAAGUAUAGUAGCUUCUUUAUGGUAAAGACACCUUUUUGAAAAAGAAAUGAUUCUGUUGAAAUAACUUUACUAGUAUGUAGAUUUUGCACUUUAUUUUUGAGACCUCAUUUAUUUAGUUAUCCCUGAAAAUCUGGGCACUAAGAGAACUUGAGAAAAUUACUUGAUAAAUGUGUAGAAACUAGGGAUGGACUCUAUCUUUGGUAACAAAGAAAUAAUGUUGAUGUUUUCAAUAGAAAAUAUUGACCCUGAGUCACAAAACAGAGACUCUGGCUUCCAAAGUCCCACAAUGUAAUGAUUGUAAAUAUCCCAGUGUCCAGUCUAGAAAGACUUGCUAGGUGAAGAAUAUUAGACUUUGGUAAAGGUCCAGUUUAAUUUUUACACCUUAAAUUUGGCCCUAUUGGGUCCUUUUUAAUUUGAAGCAGAAAGGUACCUCUCCUUCCUUCAGGAGUAACUUAUUGAUUAAAAGAGAAAACUAUCACUGAGUGGAAUGUUCAUUUUAUGCCAGUUAUUUCAAGUUGUAAAAUACACAGAAGAAAAUGGUUUGGAAGGACUCUAUUUCUUUUUCACCCAAAUUUUUUUCUUUUUCUCUUUUUGUACUUAUAUGUGGAAUAAGCAAAGGAUCUAAAACUAAUUUGUAUAUUUUCAACCAGAGAUGCAGGUGGCAGUCAAGCCAAACAACACUUCUUUAAGAUCAGGUAUUCUGCACGUCCAUUCCAAGUUAACAGAUUUUCAAAAGGACUUGGAUUUGAAGAGAUGGUGGAUUAUAAGCCAUCUGAAGACCAAUAUGGAAAAAAAAAGUAUGUAGCCAAUGUUUGUAUUGUGGCCUAUCUUAGGACAUAUUGGCACUCUAGACUUCAAUCAGUGCAGUGUGAAAAUUUUGGAGUAGGUUACAUACGGAUUUUACAUUUUUAUUGUUUGAUUUGUGCCCGCAUAAAUAGACAUUUCAUCAUGUAAAAUUCCUAUUCUGGAAAAACCUAUUGUUUUGUUCUUCUUGAAUUGUUUUUUGAUUUGGAGUUAUCCUUUCAAAAAAAAAACCUCAAGAUAUCUAGGGCUAAAAAGCACUUCAUGAGAUGCUAAAGCUGACCCACAGGUUGAAACUAUUGACCCUAUCCUCUUAUUUAAAUGUGAACAUUUAUUGUACAUUCAGUGAGUUAUAGUGUUAAUAGUCUUGUGCUACUCAGCAGGUGUAAAAAUUAAUAAAUAUUUUUUUUAAUAAA